CAUACACACAUGUGCACACAUACAUUCAUGUAUAUUAUCAAUAGUAUGUAGUUAUAUUUGAAUAGAUAGUAAGAACACUAUUUAGGGAAUUUGAUUUUUAUCGUAACUGAUCAAUUAAUAUUCUCGCGCUGUUGGUAAUACUGAAUUUAAGAUUGGGGAGUGAACAAGUUAGUAAACAAUACGAAUAGUAAAUUGUUCGUUAGAUUGCCCGGGCGUUUUUGUAAAUAUCUACUUGUGUUCUUUUGUAUUUAUGAUACUUUGUCGUUGGCAUUUCAAAUUAAAUACUUAUCAACUAUGUGAUUUAGCGUUUUUACAGAAAAUUAAACACACUUCCUGUUGUAUUUUAUUUUGUUUUGCGAAAAAAUAUUUUCCCUGUUGUAUUUUUGAUAACAAAUCUGUGAGGAAAACAGAGUGAAAUGGCUGAGGCGGAAAUCUGUGGAUUUCUGGAUGUCAAGUUUUGUGGCAGUAAGUCCAAAGUUCACAGAGUUAAAAGAAGAACGUUGGGCCCUUGGAAGACUUGGAAGAGACAUUGGUGUUCUUUCGAGAAACUAAGCUCUGGAGAAGGUCUCAGAAUGAAUCUUGAUUACUGUAUUAGCAACGACAAUAGUACCUCGUCGAAUGACAAGGAGAAUUUCAUAGUAAUACCGUCGGAUGUUGUUGUUUGUCGCGCCCAGUCCAGAUCCAAGCAAUUUGCUUUCGGCAUAUUUCCCAUUAAAGAAAGAAAACCAUUACUCUACUUGGCUGGCAAUUCGGAAACGGAGUCACAACGGUGGAUGACAAAUAUCAGGCAGCUGCUGAAACCCAGAAUACUUAAAUUUGAACCUGGAUCUUACAAAGUAUCUAUAGUUGAUAACCUGCACUCCAAGGCAUCAGGGCUGACAGGGCUGUACGGCGACUUGACGACCAACACAUCAGGAGUUGUGAUAAAAGAUAUUCAUUCAGGAGAGAUAUUAGAGAAUUUUAAGUGGUACGAGCUGAAUCAGUUCCAUUUGGUUACGGCAGGACGACCAGACGACGUUAAAUGUAUUUGUGUAAUUCAUACAACAGAAGAGUUUCGCGCCGGGAUCGGUGAACUGCAUUUAUUUUGUUUAGAAGCUGGCGAAUUGUUGCAAGAUUUGGUAACUCAGGGCCGUGGUCCAAAGCAUAAACAAAUUAAAACGAGGCCUCACAGCUUAAGCGAAGGCGAUAUUAGAGUAUGCCGUGACAAGCGUCCACGUUGGUUUUCAGUAACAACUGAAAAAAUGAAGUUAAAAGGAGAACCAAAUGAAAAAUACGAAGAAAUAGGUUGUAGGACGUCUAACAAAAUGAAUGAGGAUGUUUAUCAACCAGAACCAUAUAGUCAUCAUCAUACUAGAAGUCACUCGGAUAUUUCUGUAACAUCAGGGAUUUAUGAAGAAAUUCCAGACGAGUUGGAAAAGAAUGCAAUAGCUACUUCAAGUUUCUACAUGGAGCAUUUCCUUCGUGAUCGAUCAGAAAAACCACCACCUUUGCCCCCACGACAAAGGUGCGCCUCAGAGUCCAUGAAAGGAAGCAGAUGCAGACUGGAAAAUGUUCAAUCCUUUGGACCCACUAGCUCACCUCUAUCAACAUCUCCUGAAAACUCUGUACAGAUUGAAAGAAAUAAUUCAGAAUUUCAAAGAAUAACGGACGAGUCUAGUUAUGUUCCUAUGUCACCACGAUUAAAAGAUAUCACAUUAGUAGAAAUGCAAGCAGCUCUACAAGAAAAUGAUUACGUUUUCAUGCGAUAG